GGUGCUGGGUAGCGCCGUUCCCGGUUCCGAUGGUAUCGGUGCGGCCGGUUCCGGUGUUUUCGGUUCCGGUGGUCCCGGUUCCGGUGUUCCCGGUUCCGGUGGUCUCGGUUCCGGUUCCGGUGGUUCCGGUGCCAUUCCCGGUGCCGUUCCCGCGCAGGUCCGGGAAGCUGAAGGUGCCCGAAUGGGCGGACACGGUGAAAUUGGCCAAGCACAAGGAGCUGGCGCCCUAUGACGAGAAUUGGUUUUACACCCGGGCAGCCUCCACGGCCCGACACCUGUACCUGCGGGGCGGGGCGGGCGUGGGCUCCAUGGCCAAGGUUUACGGCGGCCGGCAGCGCCGCGGGGUCCGGCCCAGCCACUUCAGCCGCGGCUCGGGGGCCGUGGCUCGCCGCGUCCUGCAGGCGCUCGAGGCCCUCAAGGUGGUGGAGAAGGAUCAGGACGGGGGCCGCAAAUUGACUCCUCAGGGGCAGCGGGACCUGGAUCGCAUCGCCGGGCAGGUCGCCGCCGCCAGCAAGAAACACUGAGGGAACCAAAAAUAAACCAAAAUAAAACGAGUGUUUUUGUCC